GCUUGUGCCGCAGCGGCCUCAGACUGGAGAGCGGCCGGCGGGGACGUACUGGUCCAAGUUCCGUACGUGCGGCAUCGCCAGGGAUUCAUUGCCUUUCCCCGCUAUCUCCAGUAUCACUAUGGCCAAGGAGGACAACAAGAGCCCGGACCAGCCCGUGUCUGAGUGGAAGCAGUUCAUCUACAACCCGCGGAGUGGAGAAUUCCUGGGCCGCACUGCCAGCAGCUGGGCUCUGAUCCUGCUGUUUUACCUGGUGUUCUAUGGAUUCCUCGCUGGGCUCUUCACCCUUACCAUGUGGGUCAUGCUUCAAACACUGGACGACACGGUUCCCAAGUACCGGGACAGAGUCUCUUCCCCAGGUCUUAUGAUCUCUCCUAAAUCAGCCGGCCUUGAGAUCACAUUCAAGAAGAGUGACUCUCAGACGUAUGACAGUUUCGUGAAAGCUCUUCAUGGUUUUCUGCUGCCAUACAAUGACACUAAACAAGCCAAGAACGAGAUUUGCACACCAGAUGUGUACUUCACUCAAGAUGAGCCAGGUGAAAAGAAGUCAUGUCGCUUUAACAGGACCUCACUCGGACCCUGCUCAGGGAUUGAAGACCCCAACUUUGGGUACAGCGAUGGCAACCCUUGUGUGAUCGUCAAAAUGAACAGAAUUAUCGGUUUACUGCCUGCUGGAAAUCCAAGAAUAAACUGCACUUCCAAGAGGGAUGAUGUAAGCAUGCAGUAUUAUCCAGAGGACGGAAAGAUAAACUUGAUGUAUUAUCCGUACUACGGGAAGAAAGUCCAUGUGAAUUACGUUCAGCCUCUAGUUGCGGUGAAGAUUAUACCCACUAACACCACCAGCUCAGAGCCGAUAGUCUUCGAGUGCAAGAUCUAUGGAUCCCCCAACCUGAAGAAUGAAGAUGAGAGAGACAAGUUCCUUGGCCGAGUAGCUUUCAGAGUCCAAAUCGAUGAAUAGAGAGCCAAUCGGCCGAUCUGCGACAAGUUCAAUAUAUUGUGGGGGGGAGGGGGGGUUUCUUUUUCUUUUUUUUUUUUUUUUUUUCCUUUUAUUUUAAAUCGGCCAGACUUGCUAUUCUAGGACCUGAAACCAUCUGGGUGGAUUGUGUAAGUGGCACAUGAUUCAGGGUAGCAUACCAAUGUGCUUCCAAACAUGAUGCUUUAACUUCUUUUGUGCUGAAGAAGGAAACCAUGUAUUCCUGGCUGCUCCAGCUCUGAAGAGGUUAAAAAAAUCCCCUGUACACAGCAUCUGUCUGCCUCAGUAGGGGGGUCAGUUUACAAAUCAUUUCAAAAUAAAUUAUCAUUUCAUAUUAGGGGACCUGUAAAUAGCUCUUUAUGAACAUAAUACUGGUGAUGUUCGUCCUAUUUUUGAUGUGGUUUUAUUCCCACCCCUCCUUUCCCUGCCCCUUACGUGAGUGUUACAAGCUUAAUGUGUUGUGCUAUGUAAAUAUUUAAUUGAUUUAACACUGGUUUAACGUCAUAUCUCAAACACCUUCACCGUUUUAGGGAACAAAAAAACAAAACAAACAAGUUAAGGUACCUGACCAACAUAUACGAACAAGGAAAAAUGACAAAAGGAAAGAUUUUAUAACCUCUGCAAAAUUUGUGUCUUGUGCAGAUGCCUUAAAGUCAUGUAUGAAAAAGUCAAAUAAAGUGGAUUUUAAAAG